AACAUUCUUAAGCUAUUGCAAGGAUGAGAGUGAGACAGCUGCUAUGUGGAGUCUGGAGUUUAUGCUUCUUGUUUAGUCUUUUCUUGAUUUUGCUUCACCAAACCACAGCGAAAAGAAAACUGAAGUUUGUGUCUGUAGUGUUUCGCCAUAGUGAUUAUACCCCAUGUGAAUCUUUUCCAACUGAUAAACACAAGGAAAAUGCAUGGCCACAGGGAUUUGGACAACUUACUAAGCUUGGAAUACAGCGGCAAUAUAAGCUUGGGCAAUACAUGCGGAAGAGAUAUAAACAUUUCCUGAGUACCGUAUAUAACCAGUUUGAGAUUUAUGUUCAAAGCACAGAUGCUGAUCCAACUCUUAUGAGUGCCCAGGCAAGUCUUGCUGGGCUGUAUCCACUGGCGGGUAAUCAGGUCUGGAACCCCAAAAUUCUUUGGCAGCCAAUCCCAGUUCACACUGUGCCAGUGUCACAUGACAAGUUGCUACACUUACCUUAUCCAAACUGCCCACGAUACAACGAACUUCAGAAAGAAACCUUUGCAACAAGGGCAUUUCGAAGACACUUCAAACACUACAGGCCGUUUCUGAGAUUUUUAGCAGUUCACACAGGAUACCCAUUGAAGAGGCUGAACACUGAAAGAAUUAUAAAAAUAUAUGACACCUUACUAUGUGAGGAGAUCAACAAUUACACUUUACCAUCAUGGGCCACUCAUGGUGUCAGGACUAAGCUUCUAAAGCUCACAGAACUGCUGCUACGAGCAGAAUUUGGGCUCCACAAACAAAAACAGAAGUCCCGACUCCAGGGAGGUGUUCUUUUAAAAGAUAUUCUGAAACAUCUCUCGACUGCCAGAAAGCCUUCCAACCAGCGAAAGAUAAUUAUCUAUUCUGGACAUGCUGCUACCAUUGUUGCCUUACAGAUGGCACUCAAUGUUUUCAAUGGAAAACUCCCUCCAUACAGUGCCUGCCAUUUUUUUGAACUUUACCAGGAAAAGGAUGGGCAACACACCAUUGAAAUGUACUAUCGGAAUCACUCUUUGAAAGAUCCCCACCCGCUCACUCUGCCAGGCUGCAAAUUUCGCUGUCCUAUCGAGCAAUUUAAUCAGCUACUUUCGUCAGUCAUAGUGCACCACUGGACAAAAGAAUGCAGGAUGUAGGGCAUAAACAAGAUGCAUGCUCUAAGAUCUUCAGGUGACUAGAUUUGUGAAGCAAUUCCCCCCACACAACAAAGUGACAUGAACCUUUCAGCUAUUU